GCUAACGUGCAAGUCAGCCAGCAGACUCAACUCAUGCCGGAGGAUUAUGAGAUCCUCCAAGCAGAAGAACUUCAGGAUGAGUUGCAGCGGCAGUUGGAUGAAGCAGCAGAGAGGAGAAGGAGAGCUAUCAUGAGAAAAGCUAGAUUAGGUAGUAGGAGAGAGGAGCUAGGCAGAUUAGAAGCAUUAGAUGAGUCAGCGCUUGACCCUGCGAUACGGGCACUGCGUAACUCGCGUCUUUGUGUGGCAGAAGCGCAGGAUGUCCAGCAGGAAGUGCUGGCUGAACUAAUGGCAGGCCAGAAGCAGAUUCUGGCUGCACUGCAGGCUCCUCGUCCCAUGAUGAGGCAGCCUCAGUUUGUUGUAGCUCCCCCUCUGGGUGUGGGUCCAUCAGUGACGCUGCCGCCGGUAGGGCCUCCAUUCUCACCCAUGUUUGGCAUGCCCCCUCCAGGUGGUUACGUAGCAACUAGUGGUCCGGUUCAUAGAGUCUCAGCCGUACCAUCAACGACAGUGGUUACUACAAUCCCACUGUCAAGCCAGUCUCAGGCCAAAGUGGUGGACGGACGAGACCCCAGGCCAAAGUGGUGGACGAACGAGAGGGUGAAGGCAGACGCGUCGACGAUGCACCCUGCGUAUUGGUGGUACCUUGAUGGUGACGACUUCCCACGCUUGUGGGAAGUUGCCACCAAGGUGCUCGCUGUGUGGUUAGUGCCUCUCCUUGCGAGAGGAACUGGGCCGCAUGGCUUCAUUCUCACGAAGAGGCGCAAUAAACUCUCGAGUGAUAGUCUACAGAAACCCGUUCUCAUUCAUUGGAACAUGCAGCUUCUACGAGCACAGUCGGGUCCCUGGAGGGGGUUUGUGGAUGUUUGGGAGGAUACGGUAGAGGAUCCGCCAGAGCCACGGGUCGGCGUUGCUUCCAAGGAGGUGUACGACGAGGGCAUGACGAUCUUCGAGGAGGUGGAGGCAGAGAUGCGCAGUCGGCGCAAGUGCACGACUAUUGUAGGGGCGGGACUGCGUGGAUGUGGAUGUCAAGAACGUUAUUUACGAGGCGGUCGAUAUUUGGGAGGGGAAGAACAUGAUCGAGGAGAUUGCGGCAGCACGGAAGGGGAAGGACGCAGUGGGCGAUGACCCUCAUGUCUCUCGUGCAUGGGAUAGGUGGGGGGGCCUUGAUAUCGUGGAGGACCUGGAUGGCUACCUCUAUGGCUCGAGACACACCCUUCA